AUGAAACUCUGCUCUGCUCAACUGCUUUUAAUACUUUUCCUUCUGCCUCUGGCAUGUGCUGACUUGGACUCAGAUAGACAAGCUCUUCUUGCAUUUGCUGCUGAGGUACCUCACGGUCCAAAGCUCGACUGGAACAAUGCUACCUUCAUCUGCACUUCAUGGAGAGGCAUUACCUGUAGCUCUGAUGGCACCCAUGUGCUUAUUGUUCGACUUCCUGCCGUUGGACUCACUGGCCCAAUACCAUCCAAUACUCUUGGAGAGUUGGAUGCAUUGAGAGUUCUAAGCCUCAGAUUAAAUCGCCUCAAUGGAACUUUACCAUCUGAUCUCCUUUCCCUUCCUUCUCUCCGCUCUCUCUUCCUUCAACAUAACAACUUCACCGGCAACAUUCCAGCCUUCUUUCCUCGCCGACUGCAUAUAUUGGAUCUAUCCUUCAAUUCCUUCACCGGAAAUAUCCCAGCAACCAUCCAGUAUUUGACACGCCUAACUGGAUUAUACCUCCAAAAUAACUCCCUCUCUGGUCCAAUUCCAAAUGUCACAUUCUUAAAACUCAAACAUGUGGACAUGAGCUACAAUAAUCUCAACGGCUCUAUUCCAUCUUCCUUAGAAGCUUUCCCGUAUUCAUCAUUUACAGGGAACCCGUUCUUAUGUGGACUACCUGUGAAUUCUUGUUCCCUCGAUUCUUCUCCUCCUUCUCCUUCUCCUUCUCCAAGCAGCAGCUCCAAAAGGAAAUUUCCAUUAUGGGCUAUAAUAGACAUUGCAGUUGGAGGGGGUGUGGCAGUGUUGCUGUUGGUUGGUCUCUUGGUUUUCUGCUGCUAUGCUAAGAAAAAGACUAGUGAUGCAAGUAGGUAG